AAAGUAGAAAUAUUUGGUAUUCCUAAUCAGAAAAGAGCAGGUUGAGGCUUGGUCUUCGAUGUCGGGGACUGAGAUGGAUUUGCCACCAGACCAGCAUGGAGGCUGAAUAAAUACAAAAACAACAGCCCGGAGAUCCGCGUACCUCUUGGUUUCCUUGUUUCUUCAGACCAAAUUUACUUUUUCAUUUCCAGCUCUGCUGCUGCUGAAGCCAGAGACUAGACUAAGAAAAAAGCCCAACAAAUUUGACGGAAUCUUUCCACCGAUUCUGCUUUUGACGUCCCAACUAUAAUCUUCUUCAGAUUGCUGAAGAACCCAUCUGUUUCCUUUGGCUCAUAUAUCCUCCACCACCCUUUUUUUUUUUGGGUUACUGAUUUUUUAGCUGAGGAAGCAAAAGGAUUGGGCAGAAAGAUGAGAAUUUGGAAGUUGGGUUUUGCUGUGCUUCUUUGUGCUGCCUUUCUGUUGGGGAUUGGCUCAGGGGAGCAGGCCCGCACUGAGAGAAUUUCAGGUAGUGCUGGUGAUGUCUUGGACGAUGACCCAGUGGGGAGGUUGAAAGUUUUUGUGUAUGAGCUUCCAAGCAAAUACAACAAGAAGAUUCUGCAGAAGGACCCUAGAUGCCUGAACCACAUGUUUGCAGCUGAGAUCUAUAUGCAUCGGUUUCUCCUAUCCAGCCCCGUCCGAACCCUUAAUCCUGAGGAAGCUGAUUGGUUUUAUACUCCUGUAUACACUACUUGUGACCUGACGCCCAAUGGCCUUCCUUUGCCUUUUAAGUCACCACGGAUGAUGAGAAGUGCGAUACAACUGAUAUCUUCAAAUUGGCCUUACUGGAACCGGACAGAAGGGGCAGAUCACUUUUUUGUAGUGCCUCAUGAUUUUGGAGCAUGCUUUCAUUAUCAGGAAGAAAAGGCGAUUGAAAGAGCAAUUCUUCCCUUGCUCCAGCGUGCAACUUUGGUUCAGACUUUUGGGCAACAGAAUCAUGUUUGCUUGAAAGAGGGCUCAAUUACGGUUCCUCCUUAUGCUCCUCCACAGAAAAUGCAAACCCACCUAAUUCCUGAGAAAACUCCUAGAUCCAUCUUUGUUUACUUCCGUGGAUUGUUUUAUGAUGUGGGAAAUGACCCAGAAGGUGGUUAUUAUGCAAGAGGUGCACGAGCAGCAGUGUGGGAGAACUUCAAAGACAAUCCUCUUUUUGACAUUUCCACUGAGCACCCCACCACAUACUAUGAGGACAUGCAACGAGCAGUCUUCUGUUUGUGUCCACUCGGCUGGGCUCCUUGGAGUCCAAGAUUGGUUGAAGCAGUGAUUUUCGGCUGCAUUCCUGUUAUCAUAGCAGAUGACAUUGUUCUACCCUUUGCUGAUGCGAUCCCUUGGGAAGAAAUUGGCGUGUUUGUAGCUGAGGAAGAUGUCCCCAACUUGGACACCAUACUCACUUCAAUCCCACCAGAACUGAUAUUGAGAAAGCAGCGAUUGCUUGCCAAUCCUUCAAUGAAGCAAGCAAUGUUGUUCCCACAACCUGCUGAAGCAGGAGAUGCUUUUCAUCAAGUUCUGAAUGGGCUUGCGCGUAAAUUGCCGCAUGGCCCCGGUGUUUACUUGAAGCCAGGUGAAAAGAUCCUAAACUGGACUGCAGGGCCAGUGGGUGACCUGAAACCUUGGUAGCAGCUAUGACUUUUGCCUCCUCUGCAGCCUCUGAAUUUUACAGUAGUAGCUUUGUUGUUGUAGUUGAGAUACUAAUCGUCAUCUCCGUGUAAAAAUUUGUGAAAAUUUAUCAGAUUACAAAUUCUUCUUUUGUACUUUGACUUGGGAUUGAUACAAUGUCAUUGAAAGCCAUGAUGGUGAUUGUUCCAUCGUUUAAUAUCUGAAGUGACUUAUGAACCCGGAA